CGACCAUGGCGGACACGUUACUCGUCCCUCUGCACGUUAAAUAUAUUCAAUCUCUCGAUACACACAAAGAUGACCUCGCUUACCACAUGACGACGCAUCUCCGUCUCAAUGGCAUCUACUGGGGCCUUACAGCGUUAUGCAUUAUGGGACACCAGGACGCGCUACCGAGAGACGAAAUGAUUGAUUUUGUCACGAGCUGCUGGGAUGAAGAAGCUGGCGCGUUUGGUGCAUAUCCAGGACAUGACGCGCACGUUCACCCAACAUUAAGUGCAAUCCAAAUACUCGCAACUCAAGAUGCGCUUGACAAGAUUGACGUCGAACGUGUCACAAACUUUUUGUUAUCACUUCAACUUCCCUCCGGCGCGUUCGCAGGAGACAGAUUCGGAGAGACAGACACGCGAUUUCUCUAUUGCGCCGUCAACGCAUUAUCAUUACUAGGACAACUUUCUACACUCGAUAAAGACGGAUCUGAUCGACGAGAACGUGCAAUAGCGCAUAUCGUGCAAUGUAGGAACUUCGAUGGAGGGUUCGGAACGUCGCCUGGUGCGGAGAGCCAUGCUGGACAAGUAUUCGUCUGUGUCAGUGCGCUUGCCAUUCUAGAUCGGCUAGAUCUAGUCGACGUAGAUACGCUUGCCUGGUGGCUCGCUGAACGUCAACUGCCCUGCGGUGGAUUAAACGGUCGGCCUGAAAAGUUGGAAGAUGUAUGCUAUAGUUUCUGGGUUCUCUCAGCCCUGUCAACACUGAACAAGCUACAUUGGAUAAAUGCUGAGAAACUCGUCUCUUUUAUCCUUUCCGCGCAAGACCCAGAGGAAGGUGGGAUCGCCGAUCGACCGAAUAACGCUGUAGACGUCUUUCAUACGCACUUUGGCGUCGCAGGUCUCUCAUUACUCGGCUACCCGAAUCUAGAAGAUCUCGACCCGGUGUACUGCAUGCCAGCACGCGUCACCGAGAAGCUUAAACUGCGAAAAGCGUGGAAAGCGUUGCCGAGGAGAGAGACAUGGCCAUGACGAUGCUGCAAUACAGAAUACUUAGACGCAUGGCUGUACGUACUCGUGCAGUCUGUAUAAUAGAUGUACGUUAUUCCAAUUAACACUGGUGCAUAUAACGAAGCUAUAAAUGCACAUGUAAAUUAUUCACUGAAGUCCAACCUGUG